AUGAGAGAAGUCAUUAGUUUGAACGUCGGCCAGGCUGGCUGCCAGAUUGCCAACUCGUGCUGGGAGCUGUACUGCUUGGAACACGGAAUCCAACCCGAUGGUUACCUGACCGAAGAACGCAAAGCUGCCGAUCCUGACCAAGGUUUCAGCACCUUCUUCUCUGAGACCGGCAAUGGCAAAUAUGUCCCUCGCACCAUCUACGCCGAUCUUGAGCCCAAUGUCGUUGAUGAAGUCCGCACCGGCACAUACCGAAGUCUCUUCCACCCAGAGCAAAUGAUUACCGGAAAAGAGGAUGCCUCCAACAACUAUGCUCGAGGGCACUACACUGUCGGCAAAGAAUUGAUCGACCAGGUCUUGGACAAGGUUCGACGAGUUGCUGAUAACUGCACUGGUCUCCAAGGCUUCCUUGUCUUCCAUUCCUUCGGUGGUGGCACUGGAUCUGGUUUCGGUGCUCUGUUGAUGGAACGUUUGUCUGUUGACUACGGCAAGAAGUGCAAACUCGAAUUCGUUGUCUAUCCCGCACCACAGAACGCAACCUCAGUGGUUGAACCGUACAAUUCGAUUCUCACCACUCAUACCACACUGGAACACUCCGAUUGCAGUUUCAUGGUUGACAAUGAGGCAAUCUAUGAUAUUUGCCGACGCAAUCUUGGGAUUGAGAGACCCAACUUCGAGAAUCUCAAUCGCUUGAUCGCGCAAGUUGUCUCUUCCAUCACCGCCUCUCUGCGAUUCGACGGCUCUCUCAAUGUCGAUCUGGCCGAGUUUCAGACCAAUUUGGUGCCAUAUCCACGUAUUCAUUUCCCCCUCGUGGCUUAUGCUCCAGUCAUCUCGGCUGCAAAGGCUCAGCAUGAGGCCAACUCUGUGCAAGAAAUCUCCAUGUCCUGCUUUGAGCCCAACAACCAGAUGGUCAAAUGUGAUCCCCGCAACGGCAAAUACAUGGCCACUUGCUUGUUGUACCGUGGAGACGUUGUUCCCAAGGAUGUGCAUAGCGCAGUUGCUACUCUCAAGACCAAGCGAACCAUUCAGUUUGUGGACUGGUGCCCUACUGGAUUCAAGAUUGGUAUUUGCUUCCAGCCUCCUCAGAUGGUUCCAAACGGAGAUCUUGCCAAGGUCAACCGCGCUGUUUGCAUGCUUUCCAACACCACAGCCAUUGCCGAAGCUUGGUCCGCCUUGUCUCACAAGUUCGACUUGAUGUACUCGAAACGCGCUUUUGUUCACUGGUAUGUUGGUGAGGGAAUGGAAGAAGGCGAGUUCUCCGAAGCACGUGAAGAUCUUGCAGCACUGGAGAGAGACUACGAAGAGGUUGCUAGUGACUCAAUUGAGGAGGGCGACGGGUCUGAGAUUGAGCAUUAA